AGAAAAAAAUGUCGGAUGAGGAAGUGAAAAAGGGCUCCGAAUUAAAAACCGCCGAACAAAUUAAAGAAUUUUUAACCGAAAAUAUUAAAGAGGAUGAAAAAGCAGAAUUUGUUAAGCAUUUAAGUGAGUUAUCCGAGGUUGAACAACCAACUGGUAAUACUGAGGAGGAAAAAGCGAAUAACUUCUUGACAACAAAAAAAGCCGAAGUAGUAAUCAAAACAAUAUUUAAUUAUAAAUUAAAAAAAGAUGAUAGCUUCCAGAAUGAAAUUCAAGCCGAAAUGGAAACUAAAAAGGAUAAUAAUGAACAAAAAUUAGAUGAGAAAGUUUAUCCAAAGGAAAAUGGUAAAUAUACUCGGGAGGCGAUGGCCCGCUAUCUUUAUGAGAAAAAGACUGUUCAAAGUCAUCAAUUUUCGGCAAAAAGUAGUGAUAGUCAAAAUUCCCCAUCCAGCCGAGGGAGUCAUUGA